AUGCAGCUGCGCAAUGCCAUCUACUUCAGCGCUGCCGUACUAGCUGCCCUUCAGGUCGACCUCGACUCUCCUAAAUCUAUCAAAAAUGCAGCCAAACAGGUGGCCGCCGACUUGAUGGGAUUCUAUCACGGCAACGAACCUGGACAAACGCCUGGAAUCCUUCCCGGUCCACCCCCAGAUGGCGAUUACUACUGGUGGUUAGGCGGUGCUCUCUGGGGCACAAUGCUCGAUUAUUGGCAUUACACUGGCGAUGAUACGUACAAUGCUCUAGUCAACCAGUCUAUUCUUCAUCAAAGCGGACCCAAUCGAGACUUUCUUGAACCCAAUUGGACAGCUUCGACUGGAAAUGACGACCAGUCCUUCUGGGGAAUGUCAGCGAUGCUGGCGGCAGAGAUCAACUUCCCGGAUCCUCCUCAGGAUCAACCUCAAUGGCUAGCCUUAGCACAGGCGGUCUGGAACGAGCAGGCAACUGAUGAUCGUCGGAACAGCAGUCUAUGCGGCAUGGGUUUGCGUUGGCAAAUGUACCCCCAGAAUAAGGGUUACGACUACAAGAAUGCUAUUGCAAACGCCGCUUUCCUCAACAUUGGAGCACGGCUAGCAAGAUAUACGAACAACCAGACUUAUGUCAAGUGGUGCGAAGAUACCUGGGAUUGGCUUACGGAGUACGCCAUCAUUGACGACCAGUAUAAUGUGUAUGAUGGCAUCCACUGGACAUUCGGCCCGGCACCUCAGAAUCAACUGGAUUGCUCCUCGAGAAAUAAUGCACAGUUCUCAUACAGUGCUGCAGCCUUGAUCCAAGGCGUUGCAAAUCUCUACAACUUCACUAAUGGAGAUCCCCGGUGGGGAGACCGCCUCGAGGGCCUGGUCAACCAGACUUUUUCGUACUUUGCUCCCGACGGAUAUCUAGUCGAGACGAGUUGUGAAGCUUUUAACAAGUGUACUACCGAUAUGACCAGCUUCAAAGGGUACGUCCACCGAUGGCUCGCGUCGGCAGCGCAGCUAGCCCCUUUUACAUUCCCGCAGAUAUAUCCAGUCUUGAAGUCCUCUGCACGCGCCGCGGCCGACCACUGCACAGAAGGCGACAAUGGCAGAAUGUGUACAUUCGGAUGGGCACCUGAUUCUGUCGACAAGGCUACCGGCGCCUGCCAGCAGAUGAACGUUCUCGGGGCUCUGUCCUCCUUGCUUGUGGAAGGUGUCAAGGCCCCAGUGACAAACACCACUGGAGGAACCAGUCAAGGUGACGCCAAUGCUGGCUCUACACGGUUGCCUCUCCAUCCGCAACUGCAUGACAUACACACUCUCGACAUAAUAGGGGCUGCCUUUGUGACAGCAGUUCUAUCAUUGGCCGCUGCUGGUACGUUUAUUUGGAUGAGCUGGGAGGCAGAUCCUUUGAACAAGAGAGGCUCAUACGGGCUGCAAGAGUCGUACGAGCUUGAUAAGAUAGUCCCUAAACGCAAUAAGCUGCUACGACGACCUUUUGGUCAGAGACUGACAUCAGAAGGAAAGUGA